UAUUUGUUUUUCUUAUUUUAGGAAUCGAAAUUCAACUGUGACCAAAAAAGGAAUUAAAAUUCAGUUAUUGAACCCACACAUAACCCAUUUUCCCCGCUCACGCCAUCCGAUUUUAUCGUGUUCAAAAGUCCACAAGCACCGUUAGAUUCGUCUCUAGAUAUCACUAAAUUACUUUAUGUUUUUAACCAAAAUAGAUCUAAUCUUCAGUUACUACUCCCAAAUUAACCAAAAUCAUGAGUCCGUCAUGGGUUUUCUUACUCCUCAUAAAAAAUAAGGGGCCAAAUUAAACAAUUCUCGAGAAUAUAAGUACUUAUUGUAAAUUAGCAUAAACAUUUCCUACCAUUAAUCAAGAGAGAGAACAUAAAAAGAAACAAACCACCACACUCACUCCGACAAAACUCCAUAACUAUGGUUUCCACAUCCACCGUCACGACAUUGACCAUCUUCUCCUUCUUCGUCUGCUUCAUCGAGCUUACCGUUUCUCAGCAAAUCUCAACCGUCGAUUCGGAAUGCACAGGCCGUUGGAUCCACAUCCGUACACUCCCUUCACGAUUCAAUCUCGAUCUCCUCUCAACUUGCAACCACUACCCACUCACCGACGAUCUCUGCCCUUACUUAGCCAACCACGGCCUCGGCCCAAAGACCCAUACCCGCACCCGAAGCUGGUACCGAACCGACCCGCUUCUCCUCGAACUCAUUUUCCACCGUCGGAUCCUCGAGUACCCGUGCCUCACGCCCGACCCGAAUCUCGCCUCCGCCGUCUACCUCCCUUACUACGCCGGCAUCGACUCUCUCCGCUACCUCUACGGAUCCGACGUCAACUCCAGCGCCGAUCACGGGUCGGAUCUUCUCUCGUUCCUGACGCAAGACUCCCCGGAGAUCUGGUCUCGCCGCUCGGGCCACGACCAUUUCCUCGUCAUGGCCCGGCCCGCUUGGGACUUCUCCCAGCCGUUGACCGUUGACCCUCCGAUCUGGGGAACUUCCUUCCUCGAACGCCCCGAGUUUUUCAACUUAACGGCGUUAACGUUGGAAUCGCGUUUCUGGCCGUGGCAAGAGCAAGCGGUUCCUUACCCGACGUCGUUUCACCCGCACAGCUUGCCGUUUUUGGAGUCUUGGAUCCGGAGAGUGCGUCGUUCGCGGAGAACGUCUCUCAUGCUAUUCGCAGGCGGGGGAGGAACCUCCUCCACCCCGAAUAUCCGCCGGAGCAUCCGGCUAGAGUGUACCAACGUGACCGAAACAGAACCGGAAACCUCCUCGGAAAAGAUCAAGACUUGCGACUUCGUGGACUGCUCCAACGGGAUCUGCGAGCACGACCCGAUUCGGUUCAUGAGACCCAUGUUGCAGUCUUCCUUCUGCUUGCAGCCGCCGGGAGACACUCCGACUCGCAAGGCGACGUUCGACGGGAUCAUCGCGGGAUGCAUCCCUGUGUUCUUCGAAGACCAGACGGCGAAGAUGCAGUACGGGUGGCAUUUGCCGGAGGAAGAGUUCUCGGAGUUCUCGGUGACGAUUACGAAGGAAGAUGUUGUGUUCAGGGGAGUGAGGAUCGCGGACGUGUUGAUGAGUAUACCGAAAGAAGAAGUGGCGAGGAUGAGGGAGAGAGUGAUUGAGAUGAUGCCUAGGGUUAUGUAUAGACGGCAUGGUGCUUCCAUGGGGUUGAUGAAUAAGAAAGAUGCCGUUGAUAUCGCUAUUGAUGGUGUUCUGCAGAAGAUCAGUUCUAGGGGUUGAGUUUACUACCGAACACAGUUAAAACAGGUAUUUAUUAUCAUGUUGUUGUUGUCUGUUUGUUUGGAAUCUCUUGUAACUAUAGUUGUUCAUGAUGAGAGAAUUUUGCAUUAAUCUCAACUACAUAGUAUUUUGUAAGUUGGAUUCAAAAUGUGUGUUUUGGAUGGUAAUAUAUAGUAUGAUAUACUCUGUUUUUGGGGACAA